AUGUCCAACCUCCAAUACAGCAUGUCAGCACUCUACCCAACCGAGGGACCUAUAUCCGCUCCAUCUCCAUCAAUCAAGAUCUCAUCGUCCUCGAUAAUCAAAGCCAGAUCCACAACCGACGUCCUCACCACCCUUCGCGCCCACCAGAUCAUGCUCACAAACUUCUACGUCACCCAAAACAACGCUUACACCUCUGCUUACACCGCUUUCGCAACUCAGUGCAUAGUCGGGGAUAUGCUACACACAGAGAUCAAGGAUGUCGUGAUGAAGCUACUGAAACAACAGAAAGAUAUCAUGCUGUUUCAGACUUUCCUGAAGUGCUUCCAAGAUUUUGUUGUUGGGCUAGAGGGCAACGUGAGCCAUGAGAUCGACAGGGAUUACGCAGUUUGA